UAUAACCUGUACAGCUGUUAUAUAGUUACCCUAUGGCCUAUUCUUAUUUAAUAUAGGAUUUUUUUUUAUAGGUACCUAUUCAGUCCAUUCAAUUGGAUUUGCCCAGUAAAUUAUGUUCAAUAAGUACUCUAAAGUUUUACAAAAAAUCUCCAGUAAAGUGUAUGAUCUCAUGGCUAUAAUUAACUGACUUCAAAGUUCAAGUCAUAACUCAUAAAUCAAAAUUAAUUAAUACACACAAUACAGUACACAAUAUUAUGUUAAGGAAUAAUGUUGAAUAGUAUAUUGUUCUCAGAACAUCUACUCCCAAAUGCCAUAUCGUCACAACUCACAAAGCUCGUUACCGGUGAUAUGAUAAAAAACUGAUUUUUAUUUUUAAGUGAUAGUGGGUUAUAACUUAUAAAUAUAAUUGCCAUUUGCCUAAGUACACGCUACACGCUUAAAAAUAUAAACAAUAAUAGUAAUAUCUUAAAAUUAUUAUUAUUAACGUGCAUUAAUAUUGACAAACAAUAGAUCUGAUCUGAUCCAUCACUUGUCAGUUCCGUAUAGAACCUUUAAAGUAUACAUAAUAAUUAGUAUAGUGUUUUUGACUUAUUCGUGGCUGCUUUACACUUAAAUCCUUCCGUGUCGAGAUAUUAGAUUAUUUGAUUUUGGCUCAUUGUACAUUAUUGACAAUGCUAUGACGCUAACUUGGCAUUUAGCAGUUAUUGUUCUUCUUACAUAUUGUGUAAACUAUGGGCGACCGUCGCUUGGACCAGUUAAAACAAUCUAUAAAACUGAUUGUAAAAACUUGCGUAUGGGUCAAUUCUUGUGCCCCGAUCCAGCAUACGACCAUAUUGAUCCGCAAACCCAGCAAUUGCGUGGUUGUACUAAUAAAAAUAUAGCAAAAGUGAGAUGUAAAGCAGCCGAUGGAAUUGUAUGCACGGAAACAAAUAAUUCAACAUUUUGGAAAGAGGCUCCUUGCAAGUGGACCAACGGAUAUCGGUAUGAAACAACUCUGCUAUUAUCCAUAUUUUUGGGAAUGUUUGGAAUCGAUCGUUUUUAUUUGGGCUAUCCAGCAAUAGGCUUAUUAAAACUAUGUACACUCGGUUUUAUGUUCAUCGGACAACUAAUUGAUGUAGUACUCAUCGCAACACAAAUCGUAAGACCUGCUGAUGGAUCACACUAUAUCAUUCCUUAUUAUGGCCCCGGGGUGAACUUUGUUUUAAUGGACAACGAAACAUUCAGACAACCGCAGGAUGAUUGGCUGGUUGAUCAUAAUGAACUGUAAUAAUAUUAUACAUAGUUAUAUUGAUGCUUGAAUAGCAUACUAUUAAAAUAGAACUUAAAAAACUAUUCUUAGUUAUCUUUUAAAUAUUGUUGUAAAAACUGAUCUUUUUUCAGUGAAGCACUUUUUAAUUUUAAUUCACUUGUAUUAUUAUUAUAUAAUAAAUAAGUUAUUUAAUGUA